AUGGCGUCGGAAAGCGACACGGAGGAAUUCUUUGAUGCCCCUGAAGAUGUGCACCUUGAGGGCGGCGACCCUACCGGGUAUCCAGGAAAAGUUGGGGUUUCAGCAUUAAAGGAAACAGAGAACUCUGCAUACAAAGUUGGAAAUGAGUCCACUGUACAAGAACUGAAACAAGAUGUAUCUAAAAAGAUUAUUGAAAGUAUUAUUGAGGAGAGUCAGAAAGUAAUACAGCUUGAAGAUGAUUCUUUGGAUUCCAAAGGAAAAGGACAGUCUGAUCAGGCUACUGCCAGUCCUGUCACAGCUGGAACAGAUCUUAGCAAUAUACCUGGACUGUUAGCCAUAGAUCAAGUACUGCAGGAAGAUUCUCAGAAGACAGAGUGUCAGGAUGUAUCUGAAGAAACUGAAUUAGAAUCAAAACAGUGUUUUCCUUCUGAUGACACAUGUGAGAAGCCAGUAGAUGAAACUACACAGUUAACUGAAAUAAGUUCAACUGCGCAACUUAAUGUGCCUGAAACUGUAACAGAAGUGUUGAACAAGGAAGAAGUGGAAGUCAAAGAAAGUGAUGUUCUAGAAUCUGCAUCCUCACACUCCUUAUCUACAAAAGAUUUUGCUGUGGUGGAAGAAGUUGCACCUGCCAAACCGCCAAGACAGCUUACUCCAGAACCUGAUAUAGUAGCUAGUACAAAGAAGCCUGUUCCAGCACGCCCACCUCCUCCAGCUAACUUCCCACCUCCUAGGCCCCCACCUCCAUCUCGACCUGCUCCACCACCAAGAAAAAAGAAGAGUGAAUUGGAGUUUGAGGCUCUUAAGACACAUGAUCUAGAUGUUCCCAAAGAGAAUAUUACAUCUGAUACUCUCCUAACUACAAACAUGGCUUCAGAGAGUACAGUCAAAGAUUCGCAGCCUUCUCUUGAUUUGGCAAGUGCUACCAGUGGAGAUAAAAUAGUUACUGCCCAGGAAAAUGGAAAAGCACCUGAUGGGCAGACAAUAGCCGGUGAAGUGAUGGGCCCUCAGAGACCUAGAUCCAACUCUGGGAGAGAGCUUACUGAUGAGGAAAUUUUAGCCAGUGUAAUGAUUAAAAACCUAGAUACUGGAGAAGAAAUACCUUUGAGUCUUGCAGAAGAGAAACUGCCAACGGGUAUUAAUCCUCUCACUCUACACAUCAUGAGAAGGACUAAGGAAUAUGUAAGUAAUGAUGCAGCACAGUCAGACGACGAAGAGAAGUUACAGUCUCAACAAACAGAUACUGAUGGUGGACGGUUAAAACAGAAAACGACUCAACUAAAGAAGUUCCUAGGAAAAUCAGUAAAGAGAGCGAAGCACCUUGCUGAGGAAUAUGGUGAACGUGCUGUAAAUAAAGUUAAAAGUGUUAGAGACGAAGUUUUUCAUACUGAUCAAGAUGAUCCUUCAUCAAGUGAUGAUGAAGGAAUGCCAUAUACAAGACCAGUUAAAUUCAAAGCAGCACAUGGCUUCAAAGGACCUUACGAUUUUGAUCAGAUCAAAGUGGUACAAGAUCUUAGUGGUGAACAUAUGGGAGCUGUGUGGACCAUGAAAUUUUCUCACUGUGGCAGAUUACUUGCCUCUGCUGGACAAGACAAUGUAGUGAGAAUAUGGGCUUUAAAAAAUGCUUUUGACUAUUUCAACAAUAUGCGAAUGAAAUACAAUACAGAAGGACGUGUGUCCCCAUCACCUUCUCAGGAAAGUCUAAAUUCAUCAAAAUCUGAUACAGAUACAGGGGUAUGCAGUGGAACUGACGAAGACCCUGAUGAUAAAAAUGCACCAUUUCGACAACGGCCAUUUUGCAAAUAUAAAGGACAUACUGCUGAUCUUCUUGAUCUUUCCUGGUCUAAAAACUACUUUCUGCUUUCUUCUUCAAUGGAUAAAACAGUCAGAUUAUGGCACAUUUCCAGAAGAGAAUGCCUUUGCUGUUUUCAGCAUAUAGAUUUUGUCACUGCCAUAGCUUUCCAUCCAAGAGAUGACAGGUAUUUUCUAAGUGGGUCAUUGGAUGGAAAGCUCCGCCUUUGGAACAUACCUGACAAAAAAGUGGCUUUGUGGAAUGAAGUAGAUGGUCAAACAAAAUUGAUCACAGCUGCAAAUUUCUGUCAGAAUGGCAAAUAUGCAGUGAUUGGAACAUAUGACGGCAGGUGUAUUUUCUAUGAUACAGAGCAUUUGAAAUACCACACACAGAUACAUGUCCGAUCUACCAGAGGGCGCAACAAGGUUGGAAGGAAAAUUACUGGCAUUGAGCCUUUACCUGGAGAAAACAAGAUACUGGUAACCUCAAAUGACUCCAGAAUCAGACUGUAUGAUCUUAGAGAUUUGUCGCUGUCCAUGAAGUAUAAGGGUUAUGUCAACAGCAGCAGCCAGAUCAAAGCAAGUUUCAGCCAUGAUUUUAAUUACCUUGUUAGUGGCUCAGAAGAUAAGUAUGUUUAUAUCUGGAGUACUUACCAUGACUUAAGCAAGUUUACUUCAGUCAGGAGAGAUCGUAAUGACUUUUGGGAAGGUAUUAAAGCACAUAAUGCAGUUGUUACAUCAGCUAUCUUUGCUCCAAACCCAAGUUUGAUGUUGUCUUUGGAUGUGCAAUCUGAAAAAUCAGAAGGAAAUGAAAAAGGUGAAGAUGCCGAAGUGUUGGAAACCAUGCCCUCUGGUAUUAUGAAGACAGACAACACAGAAGUUCUUCUCUCUGCUGACUUCACUGGAGCAAUCAAAGUGUUUAUUAACAAAAGGAAAAACGUAUCUUAAUUUUAAAUGACAUUUAAAAUAAACAUAUCAGUAAGUUUCU